AUGCAAUCUGAAUUAGAUUUGUUAAAACAACGUAUCACUGAGCUCGAAGAUGAGAAUGCUGAGGUUAAGGCUAAGAAUGUGGAGCUUAAACACGAGAAUACAAAAUUAAAACAGAUCAUAGAAGAAAAUGCUGAGUUUAAAGCCAAAAUCAUUAAGCUAGAACGAGCCAUAGUUGAUACAACUAUCAGACCUUGUCUGUCUAUAGCGGAUGUAAUUAGAUCUGAUGUAAACCAGGAGUCAAGUGUAGAGGCAAGCGAAUCGUCUGUAUCUUAUGUCUCUGAUUCUCCCAAUUCGAAAGGCAAUAUUAGUAUAUCACCUACCUCAACACGAGCCGAUAUGAUAGUCCCGAAACCUCUUACUGAGAAAGUCUCACCAAAAAUUGAG